CUUCAAAACAGUUCCGGCUGGAGAGUGUUUCUCUUCAGCGGGCUUGUCCGUUUCAGGCGAUCUGUCUACCUUCGUACCGUUUACUUUUGUCUUCCCAGUUAUUUUGAUUGGCCGUCGCAUUUGGCUGGUAGUUGCUGGUCGAGAGGACAAUGCGUUUUUGGCAGGUUUCCACAAGGUUGACACAAUGUCAGUCGUGUCCUGUACGACAUAAUGUGACAGGAGGACAAUCAUCAUCUUGUCCUGAUAUCCAAGCCGCUUCGCUACUUGUCAGUCUACAUAAAGUCGGAUAUACAUCAUGGUCAACACUGGACGCCCAAGUCCUGCUUGCAAAGCGUGUCGCGCUAAAAGACUGAAGUGCGACCAAACGAAGCCAGCUUGCAACAAGUGCACAAGAGCUAAGAGAGAGUGUCCCGGCUAUCGUGAGGCAUUUGAAGUCAACUUCAAAGACCAAACGGAUCUGAUAAUCAGAAAACAUGAGCAAUCAAACCCGAUCACAAAAGGAUCAAUUCAUAAGUCCCGACGAGGACAUACAAGAUCCAGUUCUUCUUCAAGUGAAGAACCCGUUGCUUCCACGAACAGUGCUGACUGCAUGACGUAUAAAAGCAUUCCUACGUAUACUUGGUAUCCGUGUCCAGGAAGUCUGCUUCAUCUUGAAACCCCAGUUGCUGACCAAGCAUCAUGUUACUUCAUUGCCAAUUACAUCUCUCUAAAAACGCAUGCCCCUACCUGUGGGCUCCAGUUCGUGUGGCCACUUGUAAAGGUUGCAGAACAGAAUGAAACUUUCAACUGCGCAUUCGAAGCUGUUUCUAUGGCUUCCAUCGCCAGUCGACCAAACUCGGGAGCACUUGUCCCGCUAGCAAGAGUCUACUAUGACAAAGCCCUAAGGCAAAUCGCCAGGACGAUCCAGGAUAAGGAUAAGUCUACAGAGGACCAGAGCCUAGCCGCGAUCAUAAUGCUCAUCAUCUAUGAGGUUCUGAUGUGGGAAGACGCUCGGAACAGCCUCAACUUUCAUUUACAGGGAGCACAAGCAAUGAUCAAAAUUCGCGGCCCUGAGCAGAAAAAUAGCAAGCUAGGGCAAGCAAUGUUCGGAUUUAUUCGCGGUUUCAUUAUACAUCAAUAUGCGCAUUCGCCCAAAGUGGCUAACGGGUUUGAAGACAUGCUGUGGUGGGCGUUAGAGGGUCCCGUAGACGACGAAUCAAAGCAAGCACUGCGAAGAUUGAAUGUUGAGACGAUCAUUUUGCGUAAGCAAGUUAUCGACUUUAUGAAAAAUAAUCCGGUCAGAUCCGAGUUCCCUGUGGCACUCAGAAUAUACAGAAAGGCUAAAUCAAUCGACGCCGAAGUGGCUCGGUGGUUUGUUGAUGGCCCUCAUCUAGAUAUGCGACGUGUACAGUACUGGCAAGACGAUGUAUCCGAGGAAACCAUUUAUAGAGCUACAGCAUUUCCUGGCAAGGUCUAUGACUUCGACAAUAUCUUUAUUGGCGCCAAGUUUUUAAGCUUACAUCUUCAUCGGCUUGUUCUGGCCGAAAUCCUGCUACAAAUCAGUUCCUGGAUUGAAUCGUGUGGAGUUUGCCUCUCCUCAACAUGCACAGAGCGGCAAGAAGCUAUCGCAAUAGCUCAGAACGAGAUCUCUGAGAUUCUUGCUAUAGUACCCUUCUACACGAAUACCCAGUCACCAUCUCCUUUUGGAGGCAUGCAAUGCAGCUUUCCGCUGUUCGUCGUUGGGUCAAGCACAGUCAUCACUAAGAAUCAGAAGGCAUUCAUCAUUGGAAAACUUAGUCAUCUAUCACAUACUACUGGCUUGAAGGUUGCAGGAAAGUUCGCAGAGGUAUUGCGAGACCACGCCUCCCCACCACGAGACCACCCUCUUUGUUAACAGCAGGUAGCAACUUCUACACGGUAUGAGAUAGGAUUCUACCGAAGACAAGGGAUGGACAAGUUGUUCCUAUAUAUCAUUUCAAGCUUAAUGCUGCAUUUAGCUAUUAUUUUAUUAGUUUGUUUACUGUAUUGAUAAGGUACUCCAUAUGAGAUUGGAAACGCCGCUUCGAGAGCUCAUGAUGAGAGUCAUCCUUCCGAUCCACGCUCUUACUUCAUAAGCCGACGAAAGACAGCCUAGGUAAUGGGAUAAGUCUUGCGUCAACCUGGUUAAUGGUAUACGCGAAAGAUCAAACGGAGGGCAGUUCUCGACCGAUCAUCCGGCGGUCUCCGCACACGACCCCUCCACCGGAAGAGUCGUCAUCCGGGCGGGUGGGCAG